AUGAAGAGCGAAUCUGUGGUAAUUAUUGGUGCUGGCAUCAUUGGGCUAAAUGUUGCCCUGGUCCUUGCUGAGCAAGGCUAUGCUAGUCAAACAACCAUCAUAGCUGAACAUCUCCCUGGUGAUACAUCUAUAAACUAUACUUCGCCAUGGGCCGGAGCGAACUUCUCUGCUCUUUCUGCAAGUGAUAAGAAUGCCUUGCGAUGGGAUCAACUCGGAUACAAGCACCUCCUCACACUUGCCGCACAAGACGGGAUGAAGGCAUUUAUUCGGGAGACCCCGUCUACCGAGUACUGGGAUGAAAUGCCAUCGCGCACUAAGCUUGAUUCCAUGGCUAGCUAUCUGAAGGAUUACAAAGAAAUUCCUCAACAAGAUCUACCAGAAGGUGUUGCAUGUGGCGUUAAAUUCACCACAGUAACACUCAAUGCCCCGAUGCAUAUUCGCUAUCUCCUUCAAAGACUCAGACAGCAGUACGGAGUGCGGGUCAUCCGCAAAAAGGUCUCAGAUGUCACAUCAGGCUUCCUCAGCAAAGACACAAGGAUCGUCUUUAACUGCACCGGUAACGCUGCUCGUACCCUAAAGGGAGUCGAGGACCCUAAGUGCUAUCCCACCAGAGGCCAAAUUUUGCUCGCCAAGGCAACACACAUCAACCAGAAUAUGAUGCGUCACGGGAAGGACUAUGAGACAUACAUUAUCCCACGACCCCACUCCAAGGGUAAUGUCAUUCUGGGUGGAUAUAUGCAGAAGGGAGUUGGCUUGGCUGAUACACUUGGAGAUGAAACCGAGUCUAUAUUGUCCCGGACGAAGGCGAUGCUACCUGAGCUCGAGUCGCCUGAAACGGAGAUCCUAGCAGCAUUCGCAGGCUUGCGCCCAUCACGAGAGGGAGGCGCGCGAGUUGCUAGUGAGGUCGUACAAGUCGAUGGCUCGGAACGAAAGGGUCUCGUUGUUCACAAUUAUGGCGCUGGAGGAACAGGAUUCCAGGCGGGGUAUGGAAUGGCGGUCGAUGCGGUUGGAUGUGCAUUGGGUGAACUUCAAAAACUUCAGGUCAAAUCAUCUAUCUAG